AUGCCGCAGCGUGCGCCACAUCUAGCUCUGCUAGAGAAGCAGCAGCGCGAGGCGGCCAAUCCCUGGGAUGCUAUUUGCAAGGCCAAGCCGCCUUGCAGCUGCCGGGAUGUCUUCUGCUACAAGGAGCUUCAUGUGGACGGUCAAGAGCUGGUGCAUGGCACCGUCUACACCUUCCGGCUCCGCGUCUCUGACGGGCACCGAUGGACCGCCUGGAGCGAGUACUCCCCUCCCAUGCAGGUGGUAAUCCCGCCUCCAAAGCCGCCAGUGUCAAGCCAGGACAUGUUGGCGCCGACUCCUCCGCCAACGGUGGAGGUUCACUUGGUCAAGAAUGAGGAGGAUGCCCUGUCACUGGAGGCCGUCAACUCUGACAUCCGGCUGCGCCUACGCUGGCCGCGCUUCGAAGGUCGCAUGCAAGAAGUGGAGUACCGGAUCCUAAUGUGGACCCUGAGCCCGGAGCAACGCAAGAAGGCAGCGGCCAGGGAAAAGGGGCUGCCACCUAUUGUUGGUGUGCAAAGCUUUGUAACCAGCAGCAGCUUUCCUGGCGUCGCAGCGCAGGUGGAUGAGACCUCAGCACCUCGCAUUGUACGACCGCUGCUACCGGAGUCCAGCCCAGUGGCACGGGCACGACCACGCUGCAUCCAGCCGAACAGCCAGGACACAGCAGAGGUCAUCGCCCACAUUCAGCCAUGCGAUCCACCUGCACGACCGGGCAGCAAGGGCGAGCUGCCUCGGAAUCUAGAGGCUGAGGUAAGUGUGGUGGCCACUGCUACAGGUGCCGGCUACGUCUUUGCGGUGGAGGCCAAGCACUGCCGCGGCGCUUUGGGGAAUUUGGGGGAGUGGAGCCCUCCGAUGUUCAGCCGCUUCGUUGAGUUCCAACACCAAGCCAAGGAGCUGAACUUGGAGAUCGACGCGCGCUUUGGUGCCAUGCUUUUCAAGGGCCAGGCAGCGACUCAGCCGAAGGCCAAGAAUGAAAAGCUCCAUAUGGAGGCACCGACUGUGAGCUACGUCGAUGAGCACCGCGAUUUGCCAAAGGCAACCCCGUUGUUGACCAACCCUGGCGGGGAUCCUUGGCCGAUUGGCAGCGCGCCCAAAAAGUUCAUCAUGAGGACCAAGGGUCGAACAGUCUAUGCGGAGAGAUUGCCAGAGGCCACGGACAACCUCGACAAAAUCGAUCUGGAGAUUCCACCAGAGCUGCCUGAGACUCGGCCUCCCAAAGACGACUUCCGCGAGGGCUGA